ACGAUAUUGUGAUGGCUUCCUUUCAUACUAUAAAACCAGCUUUAAACAGACGGUAUUUUUAACCAAAUCCGGAUUAUACAACUUGUAUUCUGUGGUUUAAUACAGUGCGAAGGACUAAAUAUAGAGGGAAAUAAUUAGUGAGCAUUUUCACCCUAGUAAUUAUUACUUACUGCACGUGCGUAGCGUUGGGCUAAUAAUGGUUGCCUAAGAUUGGUACCGUUUCUGCUCCGUCAUGGUGACUCUAAGUGCGAUCCUACAGGCUCCGGUCCAGGCGCUGUUGAGACCCUCCAUGUGGCUGCCUUUUGUUCGUCCCCUUCACAGUUACAAAGAAACAUGGGAAAUAGACUGCCCGAAGUCCGAAUUUGUUUCGUCACUCUUGUCGGCGGUGCACUCUGUCAUGGAACAGGAAGACAACACAGAAUUCUGGGAUAUCCACAAGGUGGUUGAAGACGGGACGUUUGUGCGAAUAUUCGCAUUUACUCGUGCAGAAUGGCUCGACGUGAUCGAGAUAACUUAUAGAGACGGACAAUAUGAGGCGCAUUCGUUUUCAUCAGGCGUCAUUCCUCUAGUUGUCCCAUUCGCGUGCAUUUGUAAUUUGGUAUUAUUUUGUGCGCCGUUUCUGGACAUGGGAUUAAACAAAAAGCGCUUACAACGUAUAAGAGAAGCAAUGUCGGUUAGUGUCACAGUGGUUUAAUUACUUUAAGCUGCAAGACUAAAAUGCCUCUCAAAGUGAAAAAAAACGACUCCAUUUAGUGUUUACCGUAUGUUUUAAAUAAAUCACAUUCCAGACAUUAUCAAAAUCUGUUUAAAGUGUAUGAAGAGUUUGUGCUGACUUAUAAAUUUAGAGUUGUAUUUGAAAAAAAAGGAGGAAACAAUCAUAAAAAAUAAGCAAAUACGUGUAUGCGCUAUGGUAUGAUACAGUACAGCCUCUAUAAACAACAGCUCAGAAGAACAAGUAGUUCCGUGUACAGCCAAUUAUAUUCUUCCACACAAGACCAGUUUCUAAUUAAAUCAUAACCCUUUCAGAGAAAUAGCCUCUAACCAGCAAAAAAAGUACCUACCGCUUGCGAUGUUGCUCAAACAGACUGCACUUGCAAAGAACUAUUAUAUAGCAGAACAUGUCUCCCAACACUUCUGGGCAACGAGUAACUGAACUGUGUGUUAGACGUGAGUCGUGAAAGUUUAUGGUUACAUGUUUCACCAGUAAAAGUCGCAGUUAAGAUAGAUAUAUUAUCAAGAAAAGAAUAGUAGACAGUUGGCUAACUGGGAAAAGAGGCCUGGUUAACAAAUCCGUAGGCAUUUUUUAGUACAAUAUGGUAUCAUACCUUAAAACGUUCGUUAUUCUUUCUCCUAUUCAGCCAGGGUGGAUACCAGGCUCAAAAAUCCAUUUUAAUUUUUUUUUGUGAGGCCCCAAACGGGGACAAUUAGUUUUUUCUCAAUUUUAAGGGAUAUUAAAGAAAAUUUUCAUUUUUAUCAUUAUUCGAUGAAAUCUGUAUCUGUUUUAGAUUAAAUGUAUUGUAAUAUGAAUAAAUAUGUACAUCACACUAAUUAUUUUAAAAUUUGAGGCCCAUUACAGGGUUUUUAAAAAAAUAUUUUGAAAUUUUGAUACGAAACGCAUAAUUUUGAAGUAUAUUGUUUUUACUCUAUUUGUGAAAUCUCUACGAUAGUAAGGUUGAGCAUUUAAGGUUCAGGUGUGUAACAGGCAUUCUAAUACACAAAAUAAUAAAAAAGGCACCACUGUGGUGUCAUGUUAUUGUAGAAUAAUUGAUAAGCAAAUUUUUAAGUUUGUUGAAAAUGUUUGGUAAAUUGCUCUCUUCCUUCAUAUCAUAUGUUGUAAACCAUAAAAUUUACCAGUAUAUUUUCUUCACUGCAAUUUAAUAUUUGUUCUUAGGUAUUUACCACUCACUCCACUAAAAAAACAAUUUUGAGGCUCCAAAGGGGUUUAAGUUACUCACAUUUCAUGAUAAUUUAGAUUAAUAAGUAGUUAUUAGUUAAUAGAAUCAUUGCUGAAAUAUAAUUAGCAUAAUUAUAUGAUUCACCAUUUUAUAUGUAUGAUGGUAUUCACAUCUCUUUAAUAGGAUGUAAGUGAAACUUUAACUAAUAUGCCAUAGUAUAAAUAUUGCUCAAAGACCAGAUUAAUCUUAAAUGUGUGCCCUCUUGAUAUGCUAGUAGCAAGUCUAUAAUUAUAUUCAUGAGCAAUGUCACCUAUACCGGUUUCUUUAUUCGUCUGAUUUCUUGUAACAUUGGAAUAUACCCCAUACAACAAUCAGAUCACUUGAUUCAGCUAGCCAGAGAGACAAGUCAAAGACAUUUUUAACUAAUUUGGUAUCAGCGGAGCAGUUGUCAAGUAUUUAGGUUUCCGCUGCUCAAUCUGGAGGUCAGCAUUUCAUGUACCACAUGACACCAGUACUAGUGUGUGUCCACUUCAGUAAAUGUCAUAAUGACACUGCACAGCUGAUAGUUACAUUUUAUUAUUUUAAGUAUUUCAUUACCUGAAAAGGAUCACUGAUGUUCAUGUGAACAUGUAGCGCCUAUUUUCCCAACCAGCUACGUUUUUUUGGUAGGUGGUGUUUAAGAAGUAGUCACAAAGGGGCUAGAAAAUUCUAAUAUUUUCAAAAAUGAUGUAAUCAUUAGUAUUUUGUGUAAUUUCGUGCCUUGCAGAUUGUAGAUAUCGGCUCUUCUUUGUCCUCAUAUACUCGCCUCUAUUCAUGCUAUAGGAACAAGAAUGUCCAGAACCUGUGAACUCUGUUUGUUUACAAUUUUGAUAAUAGAUUAAGUAUGUAUAUUUUGUUGUUCGUUAUUAACGAUAGUUAUACUUGUAAGGAUUCCUGAGAGUAAGCAUUUUUAUGUACAAAUGACUGCAUGCAACGAUUUUCCUGGCACCUUAGUGAUGGUCAGGUCUAGAUUCCAACCUGAGGGUCCUCCAUGUAGUUUCAGCUCAACAUUAAAAAAUUGUUAAUGAUAAUUUUUUCAGUUCUAGGCUUAUUAUGCUCUAGAAGCCUAUUUUGCUCAGGUUAAAAGAACUGAGUACAUGUCUUAAUAGUUGUUAGGCUUACUUUGUAUCUAAAUUUACAGAAACAUUUCGUAUUGUACAUACUUUGCCAUUACGUCUUAUAUUUAAACUGUUAUGCAGCUCUGAAAAGUUGGAAGGAUUAGGAGACAGGUUUACUUCACUUUUUACUGGUUUAAUUUCCAAGUUGUGUUUUUGCAACUGACAGUUCCAAAUCUGUGCUCCACUUUUUGCCUUUGUGUGUCCAUAUCUUUCUCGUUGCCUAUAUAUUUUACUUUGUUCAUGUAUAUUAGGUGUAAAAGUUAACCAUGCACACAUCCAUACAAUCACUGAUAUGGGGUUCUUGUUUGAUGGGGGAUCUUCUUUCUCCGAAUGUAGUUUUUCUUAAUGAAUAUUUGUCCUUGCAGUUUUUUUUUGUCUAGCCUUGUGCUUUGAAAAUACUCUCAAAAAGGAAAAAUGCAACACCAUUCUUUAGGACAGUCUAAGCAUGACUUGUGUUACAUGAGCAUAUGGCGCCUGUGUUGUAAUUCAUUUCACUACCACCUUAGAAACUCAUAUUAAUAACAUUUCGAUAUACAGAAAUUCGAUCAUCAGUAAGGAAUGACGUACCAAAUAUCCGUAAAAGUCUUGAUACUGUUAAAUGAUUAAUAAAUUGACCAAGAGUUUAAGUUUGGUAAGUUUGAAGUUUUUACCUUGCGAAACACGUUUGUGUGAUGUAGACCUGAUUACAAAGUUUUACGUGUAAUGUCACACGAGGUUUUCUACAUUGUAGUAGUUUUAUUACAUAUGGUGACUCCACCAUUUCAUAACAACUGAAUGUCAAUUGGUCUUAUGGCAUACUACUGCUUCAACAAAAUAUUUUUGAAAAAUGUCUGUUCUGGCCAUGGAUAAAGUCUGAUAACGAUUCUAAUAACAACAGCUGCCCAAAAGCCUUGCGCUUGACUAUUCAACAACUUCUAAGUUUAACAAGGACCAUGGCUGGGCAAGACUUACAAAACAAUUGGUUACUUCAGGUUUGAUGACCGGAAGCACUAUGUGAAAUUUUAAUCAAAUGCAUGAGGUUUCUGAAAUACACAUUUUUAGGUACAUGCUAAACUUUUACCAAAUAUUCUAGGUUGAAAUCAUAUUUUGUAUUAAACUCAGUCAAGAUUAUUUUUAUUCCAAAAGGUUCGAUGACACAAAAGCCUUAUGUAAAGUUUUAAUCCAACACAUAUAUUGGUUGCUAAGAUAUGAACUUACAUGCAAAACUAAAUAGUCUUAUCCAAGGUGAGGAUGUCAACAAAGGCGACACGAACACCAGAGUGAACAGAAUAGCUAUCACUAUUCUUCAAAUGAGCUGGAAUUUUGAAAAUUUUGGUAAAUUUAUAUGUGUAUAUCAAUGUACACCAAAUAUUUACACACAAUAUUUUGCAAAAAAAUGAAAUAUUUGCCAGAAAGUGAUAUUGCGUGUUUACUUUUUUUGAGUGUAUAUAUCAGUUAAGUAUUCAAUAUUUGAGCAAUUUGACUAUAUGUGUCUCAAAAGUUAGUACCAAUUAAACCGAUAUUUUACUCACUCUUAUUGUAGUAACAAUUAAAUGAAAAUAAGGAAAUGAAAUGCAGCGAAGUAACAUGUAUUUGAAUAUAUUGGCUCUACAAUUUCAUGAAAUUCUCACAGUUACUUAUUCUAUAUCUGUAUCAAAGUGUUUUGCGAAAGUCUCGGUUUUAGUGUUCUCAGACCUCAAUAGAAAGUGAUGCUGCAAUAAUAAAUAUAAUAAAAUUACUUUACACAAUAAGUUUUAGUAGUUAAUGUUUUAAGACUGCGUGAGUAUAUCCACACACUUCACUGAAUGUUACGAUGAUGACAAAAAUGAUAUGCAGCAUGUCCAGUUAAAAUUGUUCAUUUUGAGUGUAACUCCUUUUAGGGCCUCUUGAACUAUACAUGGAAUUUCAAAGAAAAUGUAA